AUGAUCGCUUUCAACGUGUCUCAGGAGACUUCACUGGAGAACGAUAGAGUGACAUCAGCCAGUCCUGAACUCACAACCCCUGCCAUCAAAGAAAAAGUAGUAUUGACCAUGGGCUAUAUCCUUAGUGUAGGAUCCAUUUUGAUCAUCUCUACCAACCUUCUAGUCGCCAUUGCCCUGAUCUUGCUUAUCCGCAAAAGGGGCUACCAGAGUUGGAGUUUUGUUUUAAACCUAUCCAUUGCGGACAUCCUAGUAGGCAUGGCCAUCACUGGCAUCGCCACUGAUGCUCUGGAAGGAACGACGGCCUCCAUGGAGAAGGGCAUUUGUUUGUUGCGCAUGACCUUUGUCCUCGCACCCACUGCUGCCUCCAUCCUAACCAUGUUCUUAAUCUCACUGGACCGCUACAUUGCUAUAAAGUUGCCCCUGCGCUAUUCGCAGCUUAUGAAUGAGAAGAUGAUUGCUGGGGCUCUGGUUCCCGUCUGGCUCAUCUCAAUGUUUGUGGGAUUUUCGCCCAGCUUUUUGAAACCAAUGCAGAAAAAAGACUAUCUCAAUGUCUGCACGUUCUUCUCCGUCAUCGAGCCUAAGACCAUCAUUGUGGUCUUCUGCCUGUUUUUCUUCCCACUACUCUCGGUCUUCAUCUAUUUCUACAUGGACAUCCUAAAAAUCGCCUGCGGCCACCAGAAGCGCAUCUGCGCCCAGCAAUUGGGUACACGCUUUCUGUCGUCUAGCCGCUACUGGGGUCACGUAAAAGCCCUGCGGACUGUUGCGAUGCUGGUUGGCUGCUUCACUCUCUGCUGGUGCCCCUUUUUUGUGGUCAGUAUUGUACAGGUGUCUUGUCCAAACUGUAAACUUUAUCACUUUUUGGAGAACCAUCUCUGGCUGCUGGGACUCUCGAACUCCCUUAUAAAUCCCCUCGUCUACGCCUGCUGGCAGCGAGAGGUGAGGAACAAGAUCUGCGAGCUCUUCGUUCAUGUUAAAGUUGUGUUGUGUUGUGUAACACACUCCGAGACAGCGGACAGAUACCCCACAGACCACCCGACUGUCACUCAGUCAGUAGCGUUUCAGGACAAGAUGAUAGCCUCUCCGGGGAAUUAUAGUAGGUCUGUCACAAUUCCUGAACUACAUCAGGAAAAUAUUGCCAAUAGAGUGGGAAUGUCCUUUUAGUCCUCUGGUCAUAGGAAACUGUAAAAGGUCUUGCUUCGUCGUUAAUGGCUUUGUUAAUGGAUGUGGAGACCAGAGUAUUUGUCUAAAUAAAACAGGCUUUAUUUGCUUAACAUGUCUGCUUCCAAUGAACACAUUACAUUCAAAAUAUAACCCUAGCA